CCGCAGAUACAGGCAGCCACUCACUGCUCCAUCCGCUCAGAUGAGCCCAAGAACUAGGAACUAAGCAGUCCUGCUUGUGCCUCUGUCUCUAAAGGAUGUUAAACAACAUUAUGGAUACACGUGGAACAGGCUGAAGGACAAUCACGAAUACUGCUCCUUCCCCUCUUUGGAGAAACGGUCUGAUCGAGUCUUUUCCUGCUGAACGCGCAGGAGAUUUUUACACGAGCGACACACGCGGGGUUGUGAAGUUCGUGGAGUCGGCAAAGACGAUACUCCAGACGCCGGGACUGUGGGCUAAAGUUAUGCUUGUCACACAGACUCGCGCCAUGAUCACAAAACCCGGCGCCUUCUACGUGUGUGGAAAAUGAUUGGCACGAGCGGCGACCUUUCCACGAUGCUGAGGAGAUGUCUUCUCACUUUCAAACCAUUCAGGAUCUUCGUGGUGGGGAUUGGCUUCUUCAGCCUGUGCUUUCUAAUGACCUCUCUCGGGGGCCAGUUCUCAGCCAAACGACCCGGAGAUUCUCCCUUCACAGUGCGAGCCGAAGUGCUUGGUGGCCAAGAGUCUCGAGGGGUGCUGAGAAAAAUCUGUGACAUGCUGGAGGUCAUCAUGAAGAGGAUGGACACGCUGUCGAAGCUGGGAAAUGCUACAGACACCCACAGGCUGGACGAGCUCAGCUCAGCGCUGGACAGGAUUCAACCUAUGGGGCUGGUGGAGCGCAUCCAAGCGAUAGCCCAGAACAUGUCUGACAUGGCGGUGAGGGUGGAGCAAAUCCUCCAGCACAGCAUGGCCAGCAACAGAGUCAGGGACGGAACUCUAGGGCAAUGUGGGAUUCCUAAAGAUCCCCGUUAUCCAGACUGCCCCAGCAAGGUGGAUUGGAUGCGUGCCCGUUGGACGUCGGACCCUUGCUAUGCCUUUUAUGGCGUGGACGGCUCGGACUGCUCCUUCCUCAUCUACCUGAGUGAGGUCGAGUGGUUCUGCCCCCCACUGGCCUGGAGGAACCAGACUGCUACACCCACCCUGAAGCCUCUGCCCAAGAGACAGGCUGUUUUCCAGUUUGACAUCGGGACUCUGCUGGAGAAGGUGGGCACUGGAAAGGAAUCACUAAGCUUCAUGAAGAGACGAAUACGAAGCCUGGCAGCACAGUGGGCCUCUGCUGCUCGACGCCUGGACGACGAGCUUCGCAACCGAUGGAGAGAUAAAAAAAGGAUUCUCGUCCAUGUGGGUUUUCUGACAGAGGAGUCGGGGGACGUCUUCAGUCCAAAGGUGCUGAAGGGGGGUCCCCUGGGCGAGAUGGUGCAGUGGGCUGACAUCCUCACAGUUCUCCAUGUGCUGGGGCACAACGUCAAGAUCUCAGUUUCAGUCAAGGAGCUGCACGGGUUUCUGGGUGUCCCUCCUGGAGGAGGAAGCUGCCCCUUGAAGGGACCUCUGCCCUUUGACCUCAUCUACACUGACUAUCACGGCCUGCAGCAAAUGAAGCAUCACAUGGGUCUGUCACUGAGAAAGCACAAGUGCCACAUACGAGUGAUAGACACCUUCGGUACCGAGCCUGCUUACAACCACGAGGAGUACGCCACUCGGCACGACUACAGAACCAACUGGGGCUACUGGAACCUGCAUGGCCAACAGUACAUGACCAUGUUCCCCCACACUCCAGACAACUCUUUUAUGGGUUUUGUGGCGGAGGAGCUGAACGAGACGGAGAAGCUGAACAUUCAGAGGAACAAGGUUAACAACAUGGCUGUUGUGUAUGGUAAAGAAGCCAGCAUGUGGAAGCUGCAAGGUAAGGAAAAGUUCCUCACCAUCCUGCACCGCCACAUGGAGAUACACGGGACAGUGUAUUAUGAAACACAUCGUCCACCCGAGGUGCCUGCUUUUGUCAAGAACCACGGUCUGCUGCCUCAGCACGAGCUGCAGCAGCUCCUUAGAAAGGCCAAGCUUUUCAUUGGAUUUGGCUUUCCAUAUGAAGGCCCCGCUCCUUUGGAGGCCAUUGCUAAUGGUUGCAUCUUCCUGCAACCCAAGUUCAAUCCCCCUCACAGCUCUCUCAAUCACGACUUCUUCAAAGGGAAGCCCACCUCCAGAAAGGUGUCCUCUCAGCAUCCCUAUGCUGAGCAGUACAUCGGCAGACCGCAUGUCAUCACCAUCGACUUCAAUAACACUGAAGAGUUUGACGCAACCAUUCGUGAGAUCGUGAGGAUCGAUGUGAAGCCGUUCCUGCCAUACGAGUACACCUGUGAGGGGAUGCUUGAAAGAAUUCACGCCUACAUUCAGAACCAGGACUUUUGUUCUCCUGAAGUUCCAUUUGCUCCAGGAAGCUCAUCCAGGGCUUGGCCGAGCAGCCCGCCCAACCCUUUCAUCCUCCUACACAACUCGAGCUCACUAACCUGGGCCUUCAACACCAGCUCCUACACAUCCUGGCCUCCCCUCAGUGCACUGCGGCUCUUAGCUUCUCUGGAGGGCCAGUCAUGUGUAACGGCGUGCCAAAGUGCAGGACUAAUCUGCGAACCUGCCUUGUAUCGCUUCGUCAACAUUAAGGAGGCCUUCAGCGCGCUGGAUAUGCAGUGUGAGGGACUGGGGUCGGAGAUGAACCACCUUUUCCCUGCCUUUUCAGCAGAGCAUGCUGAAUGUGGGCUGCAGCAGGACCCACUGCUGUUCAGCUGCGCUGGCUCCAGUGCCAAAUACCAGCGCCUGUGCCCCUGCAGGGACUAUCGCAUUGGCCAGGUGGCUCUGUGCAGGGACUGCCUAUGACCACAGGAGAACCCGGUGACAGGAGACUUUAUUUUUGUGUUUGUUUGUUUUUUCAUUUCUGAUGUGAUUCUGCUUUUUCCAGGAGAAGCUGUAAUGAUAUCAUGAACAAUGACUUUUUCUUUACCAAAGUAGGUGAAGUGGUAAAAUCCUCUCAGGGAACUGCAUGAUUGUACUGUAAAUCUGGUUGUCUGGUGUUUGAAGCCUUCGUUUCAAGGUUCACAUGGCAACAUAAGCGCCGCGCCCGCUACUAAAGUCACAAUGAAAUGUGUUGUUUGAUGGAAUUUAAAAAAAAAAAAAGUCAUGAGCAAUCAAAUGGAAAUUUAGUCAAAGGGAAAACUUUAAUUCUAGUUUGCUAAUGCUUACAUUUCACAAGUGUGUUCGCUCAGUGUCGUAUGAAUACAGUGUCACCGUGGAGUUUGGAUGUUUGUACAAGGUGCACCCAAAGCCAUUCACACCAUGCUGAGAUGUACUAUUUUACAUUCCCUGUAAUGAAUACAUUUGUACAUAAGUGUUGUUUUAAUAAAAUGCAGGGAAACACAUGUCGCCAACUAUUAUUUAUAUCAGAAUAAGAAUGGGAAUGAUUGUAAAUUGACUCAUACGAGACAUAAUCAAUCUGUUAUGGUGAUUUUCACAGAGUGUAGAGGAAAUCUCUUUGUUUUUUCCAUCUCAUUUAUACAGACAAGGCUCGUUUAUUACUUUGGAGCAUGGCAUUUAUACAAGAUAAAAAUAGUGUUGUGGUUGA